UGGAGAGCUAAUAAAAAGGGGAUCCCGUUGGGGUCUUGAGUUAAUCAAGCACUUGUUGGCUGGACAGGGAGAACAGAGCAGUUUCUCCGUCGUUUUUUCAAGACAUCGGAAAACACUCGGGAUGAUGAAGGUGAUCCUUCUGGUAAGCGUGGUCUGCCUCUUGGUAGGAUGCCAGGCCAGACCGACCAAAGAUGAUGACAACAUCCGUGAUCUGAUGGAGGAGUUGGUGAAAGCUGAACAAGAGGAGAAACUCUUAGAGAAACUGGCCGAGCUCGAAGAUGACGAGCGCCGCUUGCUGUUGAAAGAGUUGAAGGAGGCAGGCCUUAAGGAGGAGUUGAUGGAGAAACUGGGCGAGCUUGAGGGUGAAAAGGGAGACAAGUCUCAAGAGGGCGGCAAACCACCAAAGCCAGAGGAACGCCAAAUGAAAGACAAGCAAGACGGACGCAAACCAAAGGAGGGGAAAGGUGAAAAGGAGGCGGAGGACAGUGGACCACCACCCCCAGAGGAACGCCAAUUGAAAGACAAGCAAGAUGGACGCAAACCAAAGGAGGGGAAAGGAGAAAAGGAGGAGGAGGAGGAGCAGAAGAGAGCCAGCGGAUCUGCUCCAGAGGAGCGCAGUGAGGAUCAGGAUGAAAUGGUUGAGACCGAUCUAGAGGAGGGCGGGCCGAGAGGGGACUAUGAUGAUAGAAAGGAAAAAGCAGGGAAAGGGGGACAAAAAGAGGAAGACGAAGAGGGGCGCAAGCCACGCCCACCUAAGGGGAACAAACCACCUCCCCCAGAGGGUGGCAAACGGCCACGCCCAGAAGAAGGAAGCGGAGAUCUCCCAGACGAGCUGAGUGAGGAUGAGAUGCUUGAGCGUCUUGGGGAGCGCGGACUGAAAAGGGAUGGGGAGGGUAAGAACGGCGGAAGCAGAGAAGAAAAGUGGGAAAAGGAGAUGGAAAAGUGGGGGAAAGAGAUGGAAAAGUGGGAAAAGGAAUGGGCGGAGAAAGAGGGUAAAGAAGGGGAGGGUAGUGGAGAUGAGCUUGAUGGCUUUGUUGAGCGUGAGUUGAAAGAGGAUGCUGAGGGUAGAAAGGAGAAGAAGGAAAGGGAAGAUGACCGCAAGCCACGCCCACCUAAAGACAGUAGGCCACCUUCCCCAGAGGGUGGCAAACGGCCACGCCCAGAAGAGGGCAGCGAAGUAGAGGGUAGUGGAGAUGAGCUUGAAGGCUUUGACGAGCGUGAGUUGAGAGAGGAUGCCGAGGGUAGAAAGGAAAAGGAGGAAGGGGAAGAUGACCGCAAGCCACGCCCACCUAAAGGCAACAGACCAUCCUCCCCAGAGGGUGGCAAACGGCCACGCCCAGAAGAGGGCAGCGAAGUAGAGGGUAGUGGAGAUGAGCUUGAAGGCUUUGACGAGCGUGAGUUGAGAGAGGAUGCCGAGGGUAGAAAGAAAAAGGAGGAAGGGGAAGAUGACCGCAAGCCACGCCCACCUAAAGGCAACAGACCAUCCUCCCCAGAGGGUGGCAAACGGCCACGCCCAGAAGAGGGCAGCGAAGUAGAGGGUAGUGGAGAUGAGCUUGAAGGCUUUGACGAGCGUGAGUUGAGAGAGGAUGCUGAGGGGAGAAAGGAGAAGGAGGAAGGGGAAGAUGACCGCAAGCCACGCCCACCUAAAGGCAAACGGCCACGCCCAGAAGAGGAAAGGAGUGGGGAAAUUCCCGAAGACCUCCGUGAAAAACGCAUGCUGGCUCGCUUGUACCAAUACCUUGAGAACCAUUAAAAACGGACUGAAAGUCUUAAGAAAGUCUACCUUAGGUGAUAUCUCGAUAAGUCAAACUCUGAUAACUAAAAACAACUAUUAAGUCAAAUUAAGAAUCCAUUCCCCUCACUUGUAUAACAAUAAUAUACAUGUACAACCCUGCUUUAACUCAAAACUCUGCUUAAGUCAAAUUUUGAACCUGUUUCUGUGAGUUUUGACUUAUCGAGAUUUCCCUCUAUUAUUACAUAAAGUUAUGAUUUCUUUAAAAGCAGUAGAUUAUUCAGACUUGUAAAAUGAUUUUUGGUGAUACAUGUAAUAACAUAAACCCUCUGUUUUAAAACAAGAUGUUUAAAAAAAUCAGAGUGUUACAGUCACGCUAAAACAGUUUGUCGUGCUUCAAGAAAGAAAGGAACUGUAGAUUUUAGACGCUGUUUUCUUCAUUUUCGAAUUGCCUGUACUUUCGGGUCGGUUGUUUACUUGUCAUGAGCUCGAUCGUGAGAUGGAUCGCGCCAGAUUUCCGACACUGACAGUCGGUCCGUUCAAAUUAACUACAUUUCGUGUUUCUUGGGGUUUUGGCCCUUCACAGAAAAACUUAAAGUUCAUGAAUGCAAUGGCGUCAAUUGCUUCUCAAAAGGAGGGAGGACUAACCUUGACGAGCACUCAUGCGAGCGCGAAGCCCUAACGGCGUGGGGUUCGGGGCCCGCUUAAGGGCCACUACAUUUUUUGGAUUCUAGACGCUCUGUGGUGCUAUCUGAGGCAAUUUCUGACCACAUAGAACAAAUGUUUUUGAGCAAAAGAUAGCAAACGAUAACCUUUAGGCUACAAUAGGCUACAAGUUUUAUUUAGGGACGAAAAAAGUGGGGGGGGGGGGACCAAACGAUAUGAUAUCACCCCACCCCCCUUUAAAAAGUCCCCCACCGAUUGACGCCCAAGCUAGAGCAUGAAUGCACUUUCGCCACAGUUUUACACCAUUAUAUUAUUGGUUUGUACUUGUCAACAAGAUAUCGCAUUAAUUGGACUCUUUGGUGAAUAAAGAUAUCUCUGUCUUCCUGCAUGUAAA